AUGUCAACAGGAAACCAGAGCCACAUCACUGAAUUCUUCCUCCUGGGACUGACCAAUGACCCCAAACAGCAGGUGUGGCUCUUUGUCAGCUUCCUGACCAUGUACCUGGUCAAUGUGUUUGGCAACUCAGUCAUCAUUGCAGCCAUCCAAGGGGAUGCCCGCCUCCACACCCCCAUGUACUUCUUCCUCUCAAACCUGUCUUUUGUGGACAUCUGCUUUACAAAUGUCAUUGUGCCCAGGAUGCUGGCAAACAUGCUCAGCAAGAGCAAAACGGUCUCCUUUGCCCACUGUCUCACACAGAUGUACUUCUUUGUGGCCUGUGCAAUCACUGACAGCUUCCUCCUGGCUGCCAUGGCCAUUGACCGCUAUGUGGCCAUCUGCAACCCACUGCAUUACACUUCGACCAUGAGCCCCAGACGCUGUGUCCUUUUGGUGAUGGCAUCCUGGGUGGUGUCCCACAUCCACUCAUUGACCCACACAAUUCUCAUGUCCCGCCUCUCUUUCUGUGGGACCAACAUCAUCCACCAUUUUUUCUGUGAUGUCCAGCCACUGCUAACACUCUCCUGCUCUGAUACCUCUGUCAAUGAGCUUUUGGCCUUCACAGAGGGCUCCUUUGUGAUCAUGAGUCCCUUUAUCUUCAUUAUUGUGUCCUAUGCCUACAUCACCCGUGCUGUUCUCAGGGUCCCUUCAGGAGGAGGCAGAUACAAAGUCUUCUCCACCUGUGGAUCCCACCUCACGAUUGUGGCACUCUACUAUGGAACAGCCAUCUCAGUGUACAUUCGCCCCUCAUCCACCUACUCAGUGACAAAGGACCGUGUGGUCACUGUCUUCUAUACCGUGGUGAUCCCCAUGCUGAAUCCUUUCAUCUAUAGCCUUAGGAACAGAGACAUGAAGCAGGCUUUGAGAAAACUGACUAAGAGAACGGAAUAG